AUGGAGAGUGGCGACUUUUACUACCCCGAUGCGGGGGUGCCCAAACCUCAACCAGGGAUCCGGCCCAGGGUGGACCCCGAGGCCGAAGGAGAGGUCGAUCCGUCCAUGUACCCCCAGCCUAAGGAAGCAACGCACAAAAUUAGAGGAAAGUCGGACAUCUUAGAAAUGCUAUUCGGUCCAGUAGAUCAAGAACUGCUAGUCGUAAAGAGCUUUUAUUUCUUCUUUUAUUCCGCUUUCGGAUCUCUGUUCCCGCUGAUGGGCGUAUACUUCAAGCAAAUGGGGAUGAAUGCAACUCAAAGCGGUUUCCUAAUAGGUUCCAGACCCUUCGUGGAGUUUCUGUCUGCUCCAUUUUGGGGCAGCUUAGCCGAUAGGUGGCAGAAGGGGAAGAUACUACUGUUAGCUUCCUUAGCUUCUUGGAUAAUAUUUACAGUUCCUCUGGGAUCUAUCCAGCCUCCCGCGACUUCUUGUAUACAAAUAAAGAACCGUACGGCUAUUUUGACGACACCUGAAGUGGACAUGAGGAUCAUGAAUAAGAGAUCAGCACCGGACAAUACUUAUGAGUUUCUUAUUUAUACAGGUUUCACAAGGGAAACCAGAUCGAUUCCACGAAACUCAUACGACGGCGAGUCACCAGUAGAAGUAUCUUUCGCAUCGAACUACAAACCAAAGGAACACGAGGGUUGGGUUCAACCAAUCAUUUCUUCCAUAGUUUACCGCACCGAGGACAUACAGAAAGCAUUCUUCCUUCUGCUUCUCUUGGUAAUAAUUGGAGAAUUCUUCAGCGCUCCAGCUAUAACCCUUGCAGAUUCAGCUGUGAUAACCCUUCUAGGAGAGGACGCAGAUACUUACGGCCACCAAAGAAUGUUCGGAUCCUUAGGUUGGGGUCUGGCUAUGUUCUUCGUGGGGAUAGCUCUAGAUCAUUCCACAGCUUUUCCAAACCAUCCUUGCGGUCCCGAUAAGAAGGAGAAGAAUUACACGAUUUGCUUCGCUACGUUUUCUGUUCUGAUGGGAGCGGCCCUUAUUUCCGCAACUCAGAUUUCUUUCAAAUACGACGAACCAGUUGCUCCUCCUGUCGAUGAGGAGAAGCAGCAGCCUAUGAGCCAGGAAGACAAAAUGCAAGCGCAGCUGGCUGAGCAACUUAAUCUUCCUUCUUUGGCGGAUACAAGAGCUGCAGAUAUACCGGCACCUAAAGAACAAAAGACUAAAAUGUUUGCCCAAACAACCCGUGAAAUGCCGGAAUGGGUGACGGUUAUAAAACAAUUCAAGAAUUUAAAAUGCGCAUCAUUCCUAUUUGUAGCCUGGUUCAUGGGUUUCGGCAUAGGUUUGAUCUUCACUUUCCUAUUCUGGCACCUACAGGAUUAUGGCGGAUCGCCGACGCUUUUUGGAGUCGCGUCAGUCAUUAACCACAUAUCAGAGAUAUUCGCUUACUUUUUCAGCUUCAGACUGAUUAGGCAGAUGGGACACGUGAAGGUUUUGUGUCUCGGUCUCAUCGGAAACACGCUGCGAUUUUUAUACAUAUCUUGGUUGACGAAUCCAUGGUGGGUGCUGCCGUUUGAGUUUAUGCAGGGAAUCACGCACGCUGCAGUGUGGGCAGCUUGUUGCUCUUAUAUCGCCCACAACACCCCACCCGAACUGCGCUCAUCAGCUCAAGGUGUGCUCCAGGGUAUCCAUCACGGCCUAGGAAGAGGUUGUGGAGCCGUCAUCGGAGGAAUGUUUGUCCGUUCCUUUGGAUCGACGACGACGUUCCGGGGUUACGGUUUGAUAUGCCUUUUAGUAUUCGGAGCCUUUUACUUUAUCAACUUUUACCGGGUGGACCAGGGUUUCGUUUCUGAACUUCCUCAGACUGAAGAUCCCAGACAAGUGGCGGAAGAGACUUCCCACUUAGCUCCACACGGAGUGCCCAGCAAUCCAAUUCCUAGAGCUUUGUCUAGCACUAAGUUGCACGAGCUGUCUCAGCAAGACGGCUAUGGUGCCACGUACCAGAUGGGACAGGGCGGAACUUUGGAUAUACCUGGGGCUAAUCCGUUUAAACAAACGAAUGACGGUAACGUACCACAACAACCUAGGUAUAUUGGAUUUCAGGUAAGAAGCGAGAACUACUAACUCCCAUUUUAGAUGUGGAUUGCCAUCUGCUACCACCACGUUGCUCACUCAGCAACCGAUCUCCACAACCAAUUCGACAUAUGAUUGGUAAUAUGGAUACA